AUGAAUUUUCUAUUGCGGAGUACAAACUCUACUGCUUCAAAUUUGACGUCUAUUUCAGAAGACAAAGAGACACUGUCUACCUCUCUUCCUGGCAAAACACUUGAGGGACUUAUUGCUGAAGAUCCGUUUCCUUCAUUAAGUGAUGAUGCUGACAAAGACAAUAAUGGGGGAGUUUUAAGUACAUUCACUGCAGGUCCCAUAGCAAUGAAUCAAGCUUCCAUCAAAGGCCACGUGGAUGUUAGUGAAGACGAUGGAUGGAUAACUAUUCCAUACAGUAUGUAUCCUAUCUUAUCUCACAUAAGUUAUCUUUGUCGAAUGCAUGUAUUAUCAUUGAAAAAGAUUUAUUUACUUCCUUGCUCCCCCCCUUUGUACACAUCCUUGGCUGUAUAAAAAUAAAAAAUAAAAAAAUGAUAUCCAUCUGUUGGUGUUCACUUCUAUCACUGCUGAAAAUUUGAAUUGCAUGAGACAGCAUGUUCGUUUUGGUCAAGAACUUACAUCUUAUUCGUUUUAAUCUUUUAAAUGCAGAGGAGCUUCCUGAAAAUUGGAAUGAUGUGCCGGAUAUACGGUUCUUUCAUUCUCUGGAUCGCCAGUUUGUUUUCCCUGGUACCUACAGUUUUUUGUUGUUCUCUUUUAGCGUGCCUUAAUAUUUCUUGUACUCUUGGUUUUUUGAAUAUGCAACUAUGUGGAAUCCGGUACCAUCACUUUUCCUGUCAGGGAUCUGAUUUCUUUUUUUUUGCAACCAGGUGAACAGCUUCAUAUUCUAGCAUGUUUAUCAGUCCCCAAAAAGGAUGCGGAGAUUAUAACCCCAUUUAGAGUUUCUGAAGUAAUGAAUAAAAAUGGGAGCCCAAAGCCGACAUUUGAAAGCAUUGAUUCUGUGGAAAGGCCCACAAAUGCAGAAAUAAAGCUCAAUGGUGACCACCAGGAGGCUGAUAGUAAAAAUGUGGUAGAGAAUGGUGAAACUACGGGCAUCACAGACAUGGUUAACACUCAGCUGGAUGUUUCUGCUACUGAAUCUUUUCUACAGAGUGAAGAUCACAAACAAAGAACUCGAUUGAUGUUGGAAAAUUUUAGAAAUUCUCACUAUUUUGUUAGAAUUGCGGAAUCAGAUGAACCACUUUGGUCCAAAGCACGUGUGCCAGAAGUGAAUGAUAAAGAACCUAGGAAAUUACCAACAGGAAGUGGCUCUUUUAGUGCAUUUGUUGAUAGAGGAAAUUUUGAUGGAAAUGUGUCCGGUGGAGUGGCCAGAAAUUCUGUUACAUGCUGCUCCUUGCAUAAUGGUGACAUAGUGGUAUGCGUCUAUAAAUUGUCUGCGUAUUGAAAAGAUUAAUAUUCAUCAUAUUUCAUGUUCUGUUUUAGUACGUUGUUCUGCUCCAUAGAAAAAAAAUGGUUCAGUUUCAUCAAUACCUUGAUAAUGAUUGAAGAGCAUUUGAUUCUGCGUGAACAGAUGGUUGUUAAAUCCACGCCCCUAAAAUGAUUGUUCGAAAUAUAACUCAAAAAGACACUAUAUGCAUGUUGACAGUUUCUGGGUUUCAUAUUUAUUGUGGUUUUCAAUCAUUGGUAUUUGAUCUUGAAAUGCCUAUUUUCUACACUUUAUAACAUCAAAAUCAUAUUUUCUUUUGGUUUAGCUAAUCUUUCAUCUAACUUACGUUUGCUCAGAUGUGUAAUUAGGGGAAAUUAUGACACGUCUCUUAUGUUAUAACAUUGUAGUAUGAAUUUGUGACAAGCUUGCUAACAUUGGAAUUAAUAAUUUUAUAGUGCGAAAUCUGUAGACAAAUCAGGAGGCAACUCUCCGUUUAAUUUUAAAUAAAUCAAUCUGUAAAUGAGUAGAAACAUGUGCAUACUUCAAGAGAAAAGUCAAGCAAUGCUGGUGUGGAUCAGGCAACGUGAAUCAGAGUUGAUUAAUCUUGAUUUGAAAUCAAGAGGAAAAAUCUGGUCUCCAAUUGGAAUUAGGAAUGAAAACGGAAACCGAAUCAGCUGUAGAUUACUGAUCUUACUUGGACCAGCUAAUACUAGGUUGAUCAGGCAUUUUAAGAAGGCUCCUUUUAUCCUCUUUUAAAUUAAGUUCGAGUCUCAUUGUAGCAUGGGAAGAGUGAAAGGGUUAUUGCCUAGUAGUUUGCUUAGAAAAAAAUAGAACUUUAUGGAAUGUGUGGGAAAACAAAAAGGCUUGCUUCUGAUGCUGGCUAUUACCACCGACUUGGCUCCAGCCACAAUAUGUCGCACCAUGGCCUUGCCCUUUAUAAAAACGAAGAAAGGAAUGGGAAUUAGUGACAACAGGAAUGUUAAAUAUGCAUCAUGGUAUGCUAGAAAGACCAAAGAGCUUUAAGCUACUUCGUAGUCAUUCCUUUCCUGCCAAAGUUAUUUGUAUUUAUAACUUCGAAAUGUGUAAAAAUGACCCUAUUUUAUUAGAAACGGUCUUUGCUCCUUACAUUGUCCCAUAUGGUUAGUUCUGGAUAUAUAUGCUGGUUUACAAUAUGUGAAUACAUUUUCCUUUAGUUUAACCUAGUCAAGUAAAAUAAUGAAACUUUCAUAUUUUAUGUCAUAUGCAUAGGUAUUUCAUGCAUACUGAGGUUUCUGGGAAAUUGUUUUCCGACGAUUUCAAUUCCAGUUUUUAUUGCACUUAUUUUUAAAAUCAGUUUUACAUCUAUUUAACUCUCAUGAACCAGCUUUAUUAGAAAACAUUUUACUGAUUAUCAACUGUAUUUCACCUAUUGGAAGGAUGCAGGUACUUUUAGAGGUGAAUGUUGGAAUUGAUAAUAUCAAGGAUCCAGUUCUUGAAAUUCUUCAAUUUGAAAAGUUCGAGAGCAGUAAAAUUGGUCCUGGUAGUCAUUUCAGCCAAACCGUCCCAGCUGAUAAAGAUCCUUAUGGAGACCUUCUAACAUGGUUGAUCCCUGUAGACCGUGUGUUACCUCCACCUGGUCGUUCACUAUCACCUCCUUUGUCAUCAGCUCCAGGCAUAGGAAGUGCCUCCCAAAAGUCCACUGCAUCAUCAUUGUCCGGUUCACAACUUUUUUCGUUUGGUAAUUUUAGGAGUUAUUCUAUGUCUGCAAUCCCUCAAGCUACAGUUCCAGCUUCCCCUGCUUAUCCACCACCAAAUACUAAACCAAGCCUUGACCUUGAAGAUUUUGAUCGGUUCUCAUCAGAUGGAGCAACAAAGAAACUGGAUUUUGGAACUGAGGGGAUUUUGUCUUUCCGGGGCGUACCACUAGAACCGGAACGUUUUUCCUCACAUUGUGGGCUGGAAGGUAGUUAUAUUCCUGGCCGGCGAUGGAGGAAAAAACUUGAGAUCAUCCAGCCUUUAGAAAUUCAUUCUUUUGGUGCUGAUUGCAAUACAGAAGACCUUGUGUGUGUUCAAGUCAAGGUAAAGUGUAAUUCAUUCUAGUAAUUUUCCAAAACAUCUUAGUUCUGCAUUCAUUCAAUGUUGCUGAAUGUUUCCUUCUAUAGCCUCGCUGACACUGACGUAGUUAGUCCUCUGCAGAAUGUUUCUCCCGCUCAUUUGCUGGAUAUUGUAAUAUUUAUUGAUGCGAUAACAAUUGUCUUUGAGGAGGCACCUAAAGACGGUCCUCCUAUAUGUUUACCAAUUUCGUGUAUUGAGGCUGGGAAUGAAUAUAGUUUGCCCAACCUUUCACUAAGGUGCAUGACUCUUUCUUUUAAACCUCACAUUGUCUGUACUAUUGAUUUCUUCUGCUCUUGUUAUCUACUUACUGAUGCAAUGAAGUCUCAGUUAAGUCUUUACUGCAAUAAACCUCACAUUGGCGCUAUACCUUGAACUCAAACGGGUUAACUGUAAUUUUAUUCGCUGUUAUGCUUCUUCCUAUCAUCUUGGGACCAAUCAACGCAAAAUGUAAAUUGACGUGAUGGACUUGGAGAUCUAAUUGGUCCAAUACUGUCGUUCAUCUAUCAUGUACAGGCUUGUAUCUCGUCCAUUGUUAAAUUAAGGUAACAAGAUUUGCAAUGAACUCUGGAUAAAUACCUAAAACAGAUGUGGGCGGUAUACUAAGAUGCAAACAUAAAGUGUACUGUCUCAAUUGAAAAUUUAAUUAAGACGAAAUCUAAUCACCAUAAAGGAUUCAAUUGUGUCAAUGGCCAUCAUUGGACAAGCGUUUUGUAUCCUGACCUAUAGCUCCCAACUCUCUCAGAAGUUGCACAUAGCCAAAGAUAGCAUGGAAGACGUCUAUAAUCAACCAUUUAUUUAUUGAAAUGUUAUACCUUCCUAUCCAGAGCUCAAAGAGAUGUCAUUGUUUUAGUGGGAAGCUUGUCCUGAUCAUUUGACCUUAAUAUAUUUUGUUGCCUGGGGGUUUUAACCUACCAUUUCGACCAGUUCACUCUUUUUCUUUGAACUGUGGAAUUGUACGAUUUCAUAAUCUGCGUUAGUUUCCACAGCUUCCUCAUACUGCGAAGUAUCAGGCCCCAUUGAGGUUUCUCCCCUUGUUGUUAAUUUUUGGCAAUGCUGGACGCUGACCUGUUAGUUGUCUCCUCUAAACAAGGGGCUGAGGAGCCUCUGCACGUGCCAUGAAUAGUGCUAGUAAUGCUGACGGAUGAAAAACAGAAAAAAAAAACAACCUAUACAAAGUGAUUAGGUAUCUGCAUUUGGUGAAAAAAGAAUCAAAUUACCAUGUUACCAAAUUAUCUAAUGGUCUUCGUGGAGAAUUCAAAUCUAAUGACAACUGGACCCAUGUGAACCUCUUGAAGUCCGCAUGCUAAUCUCAGUAUGUUACAGAUAUCUUAAAAGAAGGCUGAAGCUUAAUCAAUGCUAAACAUAAUUGGAUUGGGGCAUUUACGCUAUAUUUAUACAUGUUGUGAAAUACCAUUGAAGAUAUUUUUGAAGUAUGACAGACGGUGAACGUUAGUGUGCAAUUUGCCUAUUAUGACAGACGGUGACCAUGUAGCAUUGGUUACCCACUGUGAUGCUACUUUCCAUGGUGGCCAUAUCCUUUGCUUAGAGCACAAUUAUUCAUUCAUUGAAGUCAGAUACUCUAGUUCAAUAGGAGUGGGUAUCUUUAUAUUGAUGUUUAAGGUGUCGUUCCAUAGUUUAUUGCGCAUUAUUCUCACCCACACCACCGUAAAUGCUACUGCUUGACACCAUAUUUGUUCCUAUCUACAUUCCUCGCAUUUAGAAUUAUGUUGCGUUAGAAUUGGUAAACUAUUUACGGUUUGGGAGGUACCAUUUUUCUAAACAUCUCUUCACAUAAUUAAUCUCCGACUCCUAGAAUUAUUUAAUCUAUUGCGGCAUCAAAAAAGAUAAGUUAAUGCCAGAUAUAGUCGUGUAUUAAUGGACGGAACAUAUCUUUUUUUUUUUUUGUUAUUCUUUGUUAUAAAUGGUGGUCAUCAUCAAUUUCUGAUGUUAUUUUCUCUAUUUGGUAUUCUUUUUCCAAAAGUGUUUUCCCCACAUUUCUUUAUUAUUCCAAUCAUGGCAGGAGAGGAGAAGAGCAUUCAUUCAUUUUGAAGCCCACAAACUCAAUGGCAAGGGAUCUGAAGGGCUAUGGUGAUAAAAACUCACUUCCAAUGCCGUUUGUCGGAACUUCCGCAUCAAACGCACAGAUGAUACCAAAAGUUGCAGUCGGAAGAAGGUUGUCUUCAACCGAUCAGUAUGCGGUUCUUGUCUCCUGCAGAUGCAACUACACAGGUACGAUCAGUGGCGAUUAUUCAUCAAACCUGAUGCGUCAAUCUUAGAUAUAGUCUAUGUCAGAAUCUCUUGAUCGUGGAAAAUAUAGGAUUUUCAAAAAAUAAACUAUUAAUUAUUAGAUUUCCUCCCUCCCCGUUGACUCUAUCAUUUUCUCGUAGAAUCAAAACUGUUCUUCAAGAAACCCACGAGCUGGCGUCCCCGUUUCACCAGAGACCUCAUGGUCUCAGUUGCAUCCGAGAUCUCAGCGCAAACCUUUGGGCCUAGUGAAGGGCUUUCUCAGCUUCCAGUUCAGGUUCUUACCUAAUUUGCCCACAGCGACAAGGAUUGAACCUUGGAGCUUAAGAUCGGUCUGCUAAUAUUCACCUUCCUUGUGAUUUCUUUUUCAGGAAAUGACUCUUCAGGCUUCGAACCUAACGAAUGAAGAUCUCACCUUGACGGUUCUAGCUCCAGCAUCGUUUACCUCACCCCCUUCUGUCAUGUCCUUGAACUCCUCGCCCACAAGCCCGAUGACCCCCCUCGCCAGAUUUCCAGAACUCGCUGGAAGAGUCGGAGAGGACCAGCGAGGAAGCAUUGUGCAGAGGUCUAGCUCAGUGCCUCUAGCGAAGGAGGGCGACAAUGGAGGCCCGAGAUCGAAUUCCCUCAACGACCAUAUGCCGGCGGGUUUCGACGUUGUCCCAAGUGCUGAUCUGGGCUGCUCACAUCUAUGGCUGCAGAGCAUCGUCCCCCUUGGGUACCGCUCUCUACUACCAUUUCCAUAAAUGGCACUGAUCCUCCGAAUUGUCAAUCUCUUGACACGUUUGUUUCCCCCCCUAUGGUUUGGCUUUAGUUGUGUGCCUGCUCGGUCGAGCACCACAGUCAAGCUCGAGCUGCUCCCUCUGACGGACGGGAUUAUCUCUCUAGACACCCUGCAAAUAUCUGUCAAGGAAAAAGGUUCAGAUCCCAAACCAUCAUCUCAGUUCUUCAUGUUCUUACAUAAUCUCCAGCUGGAGUUAUGUAGGUUGGGAUUUGCCCAGAAAAGACCAUCUCUUAACCAGACUGACAUUAUAUGUAUAUAUAAAUAUGCAAAAACAUAUCUCUUUCAGCCUGCUCAAUCUCGAUUCCAUUAUAUCUCCGGUUCUGAACUGGUUGAUUGGCUUCUGAAUACCAGUUUUGCUUUUUUUUUUUUAACCCUAAAUUGAGUGAAAUCAUGCUCUGGUUUUCCCCUGUUGAGUGAGAUUUCUCCAGUUCUGCCAAGUCCAUUCUAUUUCCGGUAGAUUCUGUCGCAUGGUUUUCUGAAUUGGUUGGGUUUGGUGCCUGAGGGGGAGGCAUCUGUGAAUUAUCAGAAAAAAUAAAUAUGCAGACUAAUUAAUUAUCUAUAUAUCAUGUUGAUGAUGCUCUUCUUCUUCUUCGACAGGCCUCACGUAUAUGCCGGAGCAUCCAUUGAAGAUCCACGCCACCUCCAGCGUUGCCACCAGCAUCUUGUGA